AUGGCGCAGUCUCUCAGGGCCAGCAACGCUCCCAGCUUCUCGCCGAAGCUUCGUCGCUGCCCCAGUUUCAAGGAUGCGUCAGUACAUUUUCUCUCCCAUUCCGAGAAACCUACUCAUGAAAAAGCAGCGGACUUGAUUCAAGAUUUGUACCUCAAAGAAUUACGAGCGUAUAAACCCCCGCCACAGAAAGCCUCAGAUGCUGAGGGGCAGGUUCACAAAUUCACACCUCCCGCCGUGCCCAAGUCACCAGAAGAGACCAAUCUGGCAAGCGAGAUGAAGGAAUACGAGGAUCAAGUCGUGGAGAUCGAAGGACAAGCCGCGCCUGGCGAGACACAACCAGAAGAAGACUUUUUCGAGGACAUUGAGGAGGAGGAUGCACCAGCACACCAUUGA